UGCCACAGAAUGAAGCUCUCUAGCAGUACCCCAGUAUGCGUAGGACGCACGUACACAGGGUUGAAAGAUGCAGACGCAAGACGCAAGGACGUCCUGGUCCUCGAACACCUAGGAGCUGCGCCCUGUCAUUCCCAUAGUCACAGCCCAGGGUUGGAAUGGAAGCGUUCGCUGAUGUACCGCAUUCGUGCCAUAUCCGUGACGCUAGAAGUAAGUGUCUACUGGACAAAGAUGUCUAUUUCAGGUGCUGAACGUUCAUGAUCGCUCACAUAACGCGUGCACUCGGGGAUACUGUACAUCGCGCCUUCGCCUGCCUACAAGUGCAGUGCCUGCAAGUGAGAAUCGAUGGCUUGCGGUAACGACACCGCAGCUUCGUUGAAUGGAUGGACGCCAGGCCGCAAGUGGGCGACACAGAGCUGUCAGGAUGUCCGCAUAGCACAGCUUUCAUGCCGAUUUGCGAUUCAAGUGGCCUGUGAAGGCGAGGAAUAGGAAGAGCACUUGCAGUGCUCACCGUUUAGGCGGUAAAAAUAGACGAAGCGAUCCCUCCCUCGAGCCGUCAG